CAACAAAACCUGAUGCUUGGAAAAUAAUUUAAACAGUGCAUUGCAAACAUUUCAAUUGACAACAACCAACAAAUUGUGGAUCCAAACUCAUUCAUUGAAAAAAGGCUACCACCUACACCUUUAAUAGCUGCUAAUUUUCUGGUCACCAUCAGAGAGGUGAAACAAUCACCUGUGGCCAUCCCAUUCCCAAUGGCGGAUCAAUUAAAAUCCAAAAUCGCUGUGGUCACCGGUGCCAGUUCGGGCAUUGGGGCGGCGGUAGUCAAAGAUUUAUUAAAACUACAUUUGGUUGUUAUCGGUUUGGCGCGUCGCAUUGAACGUGUGGCGGAGCUUAAGCAACAGUUAAGCGCCGAGGAGCAACAACGCCUGCAUGUCAUGCACUGCGAUGUGACCAAUGCCGCAAAUGUGGCUGAAGUCUUUAAAAAAAUCACCCUUAACCAUGGUCCGGUGCAUGUGCUCGUUAACAAUGCCGGUUGUUUGCGUAUGGGUCAAUUGUGUGACAUGCCCGCCGAACAAAUUGAAGAAGUGCUGCACACCAAUGUAAUGGGCCUCAUCCAUUGUACGCGUCAUGCAUUUGCAGCCAUGAAGGAAGCGGCAGAGGCUGCCAAUGCUCAACCCUCUGGUCAUGUUAUUCUAAUCAAUAGCAUUUUGGGGCACAAAGUGCCAGUGAUACCGGGUCAUGUGCCCUCGUUGAACAUUUAUCCAGCAACCAAGUAUGCGGUGACGGCAAUUAAUGAAAUAUAUCGUCAGGAAUUUCGAGCUUUGGGAACACGCAUUAAAGUAGCGAGCAUUAGUCCUGGGCUGGUGGAUACCGAAUUAAUAACCGAAGAACAAAAAAAGAUUUGCCAUGGCAUUAUACUGCAGCCGGAGGAUGUUUCCCGAGCUGUGAUGUUCGCCUUGACUUCACCACCCCAUGUUUCGAUCUACGAAUUAACUAUAAAGCCUGCUGGUGAUAUGAUUUAACAAAAUGUAUAUGUUUUCUAAAUAAAGAUGUAGCGGGCGUGUUUUAAUUUCGCUCCUCAGAGAAAAAUA